AUGUUAUCCUUCAUGUCGUUGCUCUCCUUUGUUACUGCGGUCCUUCUGUUAAGCUUGAGCAAUGCACAAAUAAUGUUUGGCUUUUACAAAUUUGUCUGCCCUAAUGCUGAAUAUGUUGUUUAUAAUGAAAUGGUGGACAUCCUUUCUGUAGCUCCAAGCCUCGCUGGUCCUUUGCUGAGGAUGCAUUACCAUGACUGCUUCGUUAAGGGAUGUGAUGCUUCAAUACUGUUGAAUCCUACAUCAAAUAACGUUACAGAGAAAGUUGCGGCUCCAAAUUUAAGCAUUAGAGGCUACGGAGUGUUCGAUCGAAUUAAGGAAAAAUUAGAAGAAACUUGCCCUGGGAUUGUCUCUUGUGCAGAUAUUGUAGCACUGGUUGCAAGGGAUGUGGUUGCCUUGACCCAUGGACCGUUCUAUCCGGUAGAAACUGGCAGAAGAGAUGGUACAAGAUCUGAUGCCCAAGACGUGAUCGGCAACCUCCUGCCAUCAACUUCCAACAUAACCGCUCUCAAGAACGUCUUCCUUCAAAAAGGCCUUUCUAUUAAGGAUCUUGUUGUUCUAUCAGGAGCUCACACUAUUGGAACUUCUCAUUGCUCAUCAUUCUCAAGCCGACUCUACAACGCGACAGGUCAGAGCGACACAGAUCUGACGCUGGAUAAGACGUAUGCGCAGAAGCUGAAGAGCAAAUGCAAGCCCAACGAUCAAAAUACUCUAGUGGAAAUGGACCCUGGGAGUUUCAAGACAUUUGAUGUCGGCUACUUUAAGCAAGUUUUGAAGGGCAGGUCUCUGUUUCUUUCCGACGAAGCUCUGUUGCACGACAGAGAGACGAGGACAUAUGUCGAGCGCCAGGCAAUGGCAAGCCCCGCUGAGUUCUUCAAAGAUUUUGGUAUUUCUAUGCUCAACAUGGGAAGGCUUGAGGUUCUCACAAAUGAGCAAGGUGAAAUCAGGAAGAACUGUGGGUUUGUUAAUUGAAUAAUUAAGGUUAAUGAUAGAAAUAAUAUAAAGCUAUAGCGGUUGGGAGGAGAUAGAGAUAAAAAAAAUUAUAUAUUUUCGUAAUGGUUCUGCAAGUUGUUAAGAAUAACAUACGGUACAUGGACUUUUUUAUUGAUUAUUAAAAUG